UAUUUAGUUGUUUUCCAACACUGCUUUGACCGACUUAAGCAGAACAAUCGAGAGCACUGGUUGCACGUUGUGUGCGGCGGCGGUCAAAGUGUUAUUUUUUUUGUGAAUCCUUGUUCGAUAAUUCCAACAACAUCAUCAUCAUGACAACUGUCGUGCCGGAGACGAGCGCCGAGGGAGCAACAGCAGCUCCCGAGCCGAUCUUUCAAGACAUCAGCGGUGAACAAACAGCGGAAAUUGUGGAAAUCGAAUCGGCGUGCAUGAGUUGCUUUCAAACAGGAAUCACACGACUGCUGCCCACCAAAAUCCCUUUCUUCCGCGAGGUCGUACUAAUGUCCUUCAAAUGUGAGCACUGCGGCUACACGAACAACGAGAUGCAAUCGGCAUCCGAAAUACAAAAGAAUGGUGUACGCAUCGAGCUCGAUGUGAAGACCCCAAGCGAUUUAAAUCGUCGUGUUGUGCGGUCGGAUAACUCAAGCAUUAGUAUACCGGAGGUUGAGUUGGAAAUACCAGUGCAAUCUCAAAAGGGCGAGGUAACCACCGUGGAGGGCAUCAUAGAGCGCACGAUAGCUGGAUUAUCACAGGAUCAGGAUAAACGACGCAUCGAUCAUCCAACGGAGGCCUCUUCCAUUGAUGACUACAUCGAACGCUUGCGGCAGCUGAAAGAGCUGCAAACGCCAUUCCGUGUGCUGCUUGAAGACAUCUCGGGCAACAGUUUCAUAGAAAAUCCGCUGGCGCCGGCAACUGAUGCACAGCUGAAAACGUCACAUUUCUCACGAACUAAAGCACAAAACGAACUUUUGGGUCUCUACGAGCAGAAUCAUGAGGAGGAGCAGCACCUGCUCAAACCCAUUGCCGAGGACGAAUGGCCCAUCGAGAAUCUGCAUGGUGAGGUGCUGCAAUUCGCCACCAAUUGUCCUAACUGUCAGGCGCCCUGCGAGACAAACAUGAAGUUAACUAAUAUACCGCACUUCAAGGAGGUGGUCAUCAUGGCCACUGUCUGCGGUAGCUGCGGCCACAAAACCAACGAGGUCAAGUCUGGCGGCGGCAUUGAGACGCAAGGUGUGCGCUUUAAGGUGCGCAUCUCCAGCAAGGAGGAUCUGACACGAGAUGUGCUCAAAUCGGAAACCUGCAGCUUGGCCAUUCCAGAGUUGGACAUGGAUGUGGGACCGCAUGCGUUGUGUGGUCGGUUCACUACAGUCGAGGGCUUAUUGGUGGCAAUGCGAGAGCAGUUGGAUGGCCGUUUCUUUCAUGAUUCGGCGGAUGAGGCAUCGAAGCAGCAAUUGCAACGUUUCCUUGAAACCUUCGAUAAUGUGCUAAAACUGGAGCAUGUCAUCACGCUGGUGCUACAGGAUCCAGCUGGCAACACUUAUGUCCAAUCGCUGCGAGACGAUGAUGAGCCCGAUGACAACUUAACGGUGGAGCGUUACGAUCGUAGCUUUGAGGAUAACGAGGAACUUGGAUUGAAUGACAUGAAAACUGAGAAUUAUGAGGAGAACGCGUGAUAGCAGAUAAUAAUUAGCCCUCUUCAUCCCUAACUAACACUAACAAUAUGCAUUUACUAAAAGAAAACAAAAGAAAUUAAAAUUUAAAGAAAAGUA